AUGGAAGCAAAUCCACCGUCUUAUGGACAGGCCACUACAGUAAAUGCCUGGGAUCUCAUUGCCGGCUACAUCCCUUCCUCAGACCUUUGCUCUGCCGCCUUGGUAUGCCAGCAAUGGCAUGCAACUUUCGCUCCUCAUCUGUGGGGCAAUCCUGCCUCUCACUUUGGAGAUGAGAAUGACAGAGUCUAUGUCGCUUUGACUCGAUUCAUUCGUACCCUUCCUUGGGCUAGACGUGCUGUCCGGUCUUUGACACAUACACUUCAUCUCCCUCCAGCACAUGCUGAGAUCUAUAAUGGACCACAUGCCGACUGGCUAAGAGAGGUACUCGAAGGUCUGCCGAACCUGCAGUCAUUAAUUGUUCGCGGCUUGCCAUUCUUCGAACAUGCAUCUCUAAAUGCACUGAGAUAUACACGACUCUCUGGUAAUAGGAACCAGCUAGUGCCUGCUCAGACACCUUUUGGGCUGCGAUUGCUGGACGCCUCAGUAUGUAGCAAUGUCACUGCAACAGGAUUGCAGCAGGCUCUCAGACGUUUUGAUGCCUUGCUAUACCUCGAUCUUUCAUGGACUUAUCCUGCGAAGAGCCCCGAAGUGCUCAGAGGACUCAGCCAGUUCCGUGGUCUGCAGGUUUUGAAGCUGCGAGGUAUAUCAUUGAAAGAUGACGACGUGCUCAUAUUGGCAAAUGCGAUCAAAACUCGACUUCGGAGCUUGGAUCUUCGGAACAAUCAACUGACAGAUCGGAGUGUACGUGUCUUGCUCGAGCAGUGCUUCACACUGCCGCCGCGGAGAGAUAACGAUGGUCGCGUCAUGUCACCCUCGUUACUGCCAUACCUGGGUGCUGAGAUGCUGUCAACCUACCGAGGAGUCAACUUUGAAGCCUUCCUAAGAAACGAGUUCACGAAUAAGUUUGUUGGACGCUUAGCUAUCGAAGACGCCCCAGAGAGCGGCAUCACUCAUCUCUAUCUUUCGGACAAUCAACUCACUGUCGAGGGGCUUUCAGGAUUGAUUAGGUCUGGGAGACUGCAUGUGCUCGACGCUGGUAGUCUUUUACCUGCGAUGACCUCGCGAGAUGGUUCAUUCAGUAUGAGUUUUCCCAGCCUAGCGAAGCUGGUCCCUGUGUUGGCCGAGUCAGCAAGUCACAGCCUGACGUAUUUGAGGAUUGAUCACAGUCUGGUUACUGAAGAGCCACCGGCAGUGCAGGAGAAUAUCAACAAGUCGCCUCCUCAACGCUGCGAACUUGCCGAUACCUCGAAUUACCCUGUUGGAGUCGCUGAGCUGGAUCACGAUACAGAAAUUUAUGAGAUGAUGGGUGACACGUCCUUUCCAACCGAGGUCUCUGGAGACGCAGUCCCCAUUGUGGUGACACCUUCAGCAUUCGAAAAGCCUACCGCGGGGGCACACAAAGCACGAAGGGGAAGCCAAGAUCUUCCAAUACCUGUUCAGACGGAAGAUAUUCAUGAAUCUGGUCUACACGUAAUCACGCUUGAGCGAGAAAACGACAGUUCACUGCCUGUUCUCGAGGAGACAUUGACUCCUACUUCAAUGCUUCCCUCCCACGGUAUCGGUCGUAGUUACUCCUCAAUCGUCAAAGAGCGCAAGAGUCGAUUACAAGCACACCUGAUCCAGGCCAAGAGCUUCCACCCUGGCAUCCUACCUCAUCUGACCACCCUAGUCCUAACCGAAGUCCCACCAUCUACACCAACACCAGAAACACCUCAAAGACUAAUCUCGUUCAUCCAUUCCUGCGCCGAAGAAACCUCCCUAGCAAAACUCCAAGCCCAACUCGAUUGGACCCUCCCACCUGGUCGCAGAACAAGCCACUCACACCAAAAAGAAUUGCUUCGCAAAUCAUUUGCUCUCGAGCAAGUUGUUCUUGAAGUAGCACCAUACACCUUGGACCAGAAGAAGAACGAAGCAGCUAGUGCAUGGAGACACCGAGGCACUAAAUCCAUGACUCAAGACCAAGAUAGUGAGGCUUUAUGGGCAGCUUCCCAAACAGAUUUUUCCUUCUUUGGCGAGGGCGAGACGAAUAGUUUGGACACUUUUCUCGAACCACCUAAACCACUAAGCAUCAUGUCUGGCAUGGAAGUUUCUGUUAAUUCUCCAUCAUCAUCUUCCCACCACUCCCCACCCCAACCCGCCACCGACUCAAGCCCCAAACCAGAAAUCGACGUGAUAGCACAACUCUCCAAAUUUCGCAAAGCAACAAAGACAGAAUAUCAAUCCCGUCUAGCAAAAGGAGAAGAAGAACCAACAGUAGAAGGAUUCUGGGAUGGUAAUAUUAAGGUGGUGAGGAAAGCAAAGGAUGUAAUAGAUCCAAAGUUCGAAGAUGAUGAGGUGUGGGCUGAUUAUUAUGGCAAUCGGUUCUCGAAUGGGUAUUUGUAUCGAUAG